AUGGAAAAUUUUGUACAUGAACAAGAUCUAGGUGCAUCUAUAGCUAUUUAUCUUCAAGGUGAAUUAGUUGUCAAUCUCACAGGUGGAUGGGUAGAUGAAUUACGUACUAAAUCCUAUGAUGAUGAUACACUACAAUUAGUAUUUUCGACAACAAAAGGUUUAGUUGCCGUAACUGUUGCACUUUGUGUUCAACGAGGUUUACUUGACUACUCAGCAUUAGUUACAAAAUAUUGGCCAGAAUAUGGACAAAAUGGUAAGGAGAAUACAACAGUCGCUGAUAUACUAUCACAUCGUGCUGGAUUGCCUUACAUAUCGUCUCCAGUUGCACAGUACACCAAUUGGACAGCAAUGAUUCAUACAUUAGAACAACAGAAACCAUUAUGGACUCCAGGAACAACACAUGGUUAUCAUUCAGUUACCUAUGGAUGGCUAGCUGGCGAGCUUGUUCGUCGUGUUGAUCCAAUGAAAAGAUCUUUCGGGCAAUUUGUUAAAGAUGAAAUUGCCGAUCGACUACAGAUUGAAUUUUAUAUAGGUCUGCCACCUGAACUUCAAUAUCGGAUAUCACCAGUUGUUCCUUAUCCAAAUGUGAAGAGUAUAUUGAACGAGACAAUGUUAGUUUAUUUCGACAUAUGGAACGAUCCUCAAAUACAUCAAGCGGAAAUACCAGCUGCAAUUGGAAUGUCAAAUGCUUGGUCGAUUGCACGACUCUAUGCAUCUCUUAUUGGGGAUUUCGACAAUAGAUCUGGAGACAGAUUGCUAGACAAUGGUAUAAUGAAGCUUGCAACAAAGUCAAACACACCUUUAAAUGAAAUAGAUCUUGUCUUCCAAUAUUAUUCCGUAUUUGGCAUGGGUUUUCAUCAAUAUGAUUGGGUUCUUCCAGAUUUUGGACCGGGAACAUUCGGUCAUCACGGAGCUGGUGGAAGUAUUGGGUUUGCAGCACCAGCGAAGAAUUUUUCUUUUGCCUAUGUUAUGAAUCAAAUACAAACGGACCCAUCGAUUAUCAUCGAUCCUCGUUUUGAACCUAUUCUAACUCAGAUUGCAGCAAAAAUGAAUGACCUUUUCUAG